CUCUCUAGGUUUUUUCGCACCCCUGGUCGGAAAUACUUAGAUCGCUCGUGAAUCACUCAAGCUCUCUCCCCUUUUGAUUCCAUCGAUUAAUCUCUGAAUCCCUACUUCUCUGCUCGUGGUUCAUCUUUCCAUUCUUACUUUGGAAAGAAAUCGGAUACUACAGCAGAUACGAAGGGUUUCGAGAAAUAGAUCUUGCGAAAAGCACUGUUCAUCGACUUUUUGAUUUCUCCUUGGAGCUGAAGAUUGGACGAUUGUCUUCGAGUUUCAAGGCUCGAUUGGGGGUCGCCAUCCUCUGGCGAACCUCCCAACACUGAUUUCAGCCUCUAAUUCAUCCUCAUACUCGAGAAUCGAUAGAUUUGAAGCUGAAGUCAACGGUCCAUUGCAGACUUGGGGAUUCUCAGACUGCUCAUCAUCCGCUUGAUUAAACUAGAAUCGAAGCUUCACCUUGGGCGAGCCUCACCCAGGAGGGCCUUUUGGAUCUGCUCCCAAGACUGGAGGUGACAAUAUCCAGACUACAAGCACUGUUCAUCUUCGACUUGCACGAAGAGUUGCUUUGAAUCUGGAUUUCUCACUUAACAGAAGAGCGAGUUGAAUUCUGAAACUAUUGCUGAUCCCACCAGACUGAAACAAGCUAAGUACACUUCUUGUUCUUCAUUGUAUCUGUUUCUUCCAUUUCUUCGUACUGUUCACAGUUCGCAGAAGUGAAGAACACUGGGUUAAUUCCAGUUCUUGAUUUCAUCUCAACUUGCUUUAUCAAAGUGUAACACUUUGCAAGUCUUUUUCUGAUCUGGUUGGAAAUUUACACCAUACUAGUUAGAAAUUGUUUGUGAUUACUACGCUUGGUAUUUUGACAAGUGAUUUUCAAUAGACUGUUCUAUACUACUCUAGGUAUAUCUGAGAUUAUUUUUAGAACUUUAUGAUAUGAUUUUCUAAAAUUUCUUCUUGAAAAUCCUGGGUAUAUUCAGAACUGUUUUGUGCAACUCUUGCUAACUGUUUUGAAUAUAGAGCAUCUGGCACUUGUUUAGUAACAUUUCGGGCUGUUGUUUAAUUACUAUUACUAAACUGUAUACGCAGUGCUUGUUGGAUUUCUUGUCUUGCUUUUCGUAUUCUGCUGUAGUCUAACCUUGCAGGGACAUCCAGUGUAAUAUGGUUGUGCUAUCAUAACUCCGAGUGUUCUGGACCUUGUUCGUAUGUUAUGACAAAGAAGAAUAAGCAAAACAGGACUCCCCCGGCGAAAGAUAAGCAGUUUGAUGAUAAAAUUGCCUACCUGAAAGCAAAGAAAGCUGCUGUUUUGGCGGAUAAACUGGAAAAGAAAGGAUUUGAGGAGGAAAUACCUACUGUAUCUUCACCUAUUCCUAUGGAGGCCACUGAUUUCCAUACAGCGGCACACUCCACUCCUACUCAAGUAUCACUGGGCUCUGUGGGGACUACCUCUUACGCUGAAGCUGUACUGGGUAUAGGGUCUGCUUCCUCUAAUGCUGAGGCUUCCCAAGAACUUUCGCUGGCAGUUGUAAACACUCCGGACCUUGAUGCACUUAUAAUUGAGACAUCGGAUGAAAAUCAUGUUGUAAGUCAAGAUGAAUCUAUUUCUCUUGGCUCACAAGACACACACUCAGUUGAGCUGCUGGAUAAGGAGGCUGCUUCAUCGAAAGAACAGAUGAAGAAAGAUGAAAAGGAGACUAAACAAUGGUCUUCUUUAUUCCGAGAUAACAGGGCGCUAUCAAAUGGUCUUAAACUGGAAUAUUUCCCUCCUACUGGUGAGAAACUAGAUUUCUCCCACCUUCAGGUACCAACACUAAUUGAGGUCUGGGGUUUCUGCCUUGUUGGGCAUUUCUCGGGUAGAUUCCCCGGGCUUAAAGCUAUACAUGACAUGGCUACAAAGUGGGGUGUACAGGUUGAUAUUAAGUCACAUAGCAAAGGAUGGGUGAUUUUUAAGUUCAAAAGCGAAGAAGACAGGUUGAAGGUUUUAACUGGGGGUCCUUAUGUUCUUUUUGGAAAAACCAUGUUCCUAAAAGAACUAUCCGAAGACUUUUCGGUUGAUAGUGUUGAAUUUCUGAAGGUCCCAAUCUGGAUCAAACUUCCAAAACUUGCUAUGCGACUGUGGAAAGCAAAGGAACUGGGUAUGAUCGCUUCUCAAGUGGGUGUACCUAUCAUAGCGGACAAGAUUACGCAGGAUAUUGUCUAUACACACUUUGCUCGAGUCCUUGUUGAAGUGGAUGUCACAAAGCCCCCGGUGACCCAAUUUCCAAUCGUUCCUCCUUCUGGGAACGAGUAUAUGCAGCAGGUCAUCUUCGAGACAUACCCGGAUUACUGCUACAAUUGUAAGAUGUAUGGCCAUCAUCCGUUUAAUUGUUUAAAGCUGAACCCUCCAAAGGAAAAGGACAAGUUGGAUGCCGAUGUGAUAAGGAAAAACAAGGUGGAUGCCGAUACUACUGUGAAAGGAAAAUAUCCUACUGACCGAGGGCAAAACAAAAGACCACUGGUGCAGGGAAACACUUCUAAGCCAGGCCUCUUUCAACUGCCAGACACCUUCUCACUUCCGGCCGAAAGUGAAUUGGUUCAGGAACAUGGAUUUGACUGGGAGGGUCGCAGGAUUCUGAGUGUCUAUGAAUUAGAGGCUGAUGAUAUUGUCAACCUCUUUGAAACCAAUGAAGAUGGAGUGCAUGCGGCUUAUGUCAAGAAGAAGCACCAGAUCAUGAGCUACAUUCCUAUUGCAAGACUGGGAACAAAUCUUCAACGUGUUGAUAACUUGGAUGUGCCGGCUAUCUCCUUUACUGAUCCAUGCUUGGUUACCCUCCCCGGAGUGAAGCGGACAUUCAAAUGGUAUGCCUUUAAUAAAGAAUUUUUUUAUCUUAACGUAGCUUCCUUCUUUGAUAUUCAGGCUAAGCAAAAUGUGGAUUUCUUAAGAGCUUUGAAUCACUCAUCUUUGGAUGCACCGAGCACUUCUAAACUGGCUCUAGAAGAACCAGCUGCUGUACCGCAUGAAGAGGCAGUUCAAACGGGCAGAAAAGAACCUCAAAUUGGUGAAUUUAGCUACACCAUUCGCAAUAUGCAUGACAUGGCUGAAGGGGAUGUUGUUACAAAGGUAGGCACAGAUAAAAAAAGGCAAAAUGAUGGCCUGUGUUUGCUCGCCAGACCUGCUGCCAGUUGGUGUGACUACGGUUAGGGUGGGCUUUCAGCUCCAACAAGUAGAAGACGAGGAUCCAGGGGUAACCUUCACUGAGGCGUUCAUCUUAUCCUAUCCUGGUGUAAAGAAGAAAGGCAACUGGUCUUUAUGGGAAUACCUAGCUAACUUUGGAUGCCGGUUAACGGAACCAUGCUCAAUACUCGUUUGUUAGGCGACUGAAGGCACUCAAGACACCUUUAAAGAAGCUUAAUGAGGCAGAGUUUGGCCAUAUUUCAACCAAGGCAAAAUUGGCUAAGGAAGAGUUUAAAAGGCUAAACAAGCUAAUGUUGGAGUCUCCCACGGAUGAAGAUAUUCGAAUGCAGUUGAUGGCGGCAAGGAAAAAAGCAACCUUCUUGGGGGAGGCCGAAACAUGCUUCUUCCAACAACGGGCCAAAACCACUCACAUUCUGGAAGCGGACAAGGGCACACGUUACUUUCAUGCAAUUGUGAAGAGGAACGCUGCCCGGAACUCCAUCUCCUCGGUUAUGCUUGAAGAUGGUAGCUUUACUAAAUCUUUAGAUGAUGUUGGUGAUGUAUUUGUAAAAUUUUUUGUUGAUCUAUUUGGAACACAGGUGGAUACCCUGGACUUGGACCACUCGGUUUUAGGUACUGGUCCUCUGAUUGAACCAGGUGUUCAUGAAGGCCUUCUUUCACCGGUAACAGACAAGGAAAUUAAAGAUGCCUUGUUUGAUAUCGGGAAUGAUAAGGCACCAGGACCUGAUGGGUUCUCCUCGGCUUUCUUUAAAGCCAAUUGGAGUAUUGUUGGGAAUGACAUGAUACGGGCUAUUAAGGAGUUCUUUUGAACGGGAAAAAUGCUUAAACAGAUCAAUCAUACUGUUAUAGCACUUAUCCCUAAGACUAGUCACUCCCCAAAAGUCUCGGACUAUCGACCCAUUUCUUGCACAAAUGUUUUGUAUAAAGUCAUUACUAAGAUUAUUGCGGCUAGAUUAACCCCGUGCCUCUCGGGGUUGAUUAAUCAAGCCCAAGGAGCGUUCGUCGAUGGCCGCCUAAUGUUUGAUAACAUUUUCCUAGCCCAGGAACUUGUUAGAGGAUACAAUAGGAAGCGAAUUUCGCCAAGAUGUAUGAUUAUGGUGGAUUUGCGCAAGGCUUACGACACGAUAUCAUGGGAUUUCCUUGAAAAAGUCUUAUUGGGCUUGGGCCUCCCAACUCGAUUUGUUGGAUGGAUAAUGGAAUGUGUCUCGACGUCCUCGUUCUCGGUCUCCUUAAAUGGAUCACUGUUUGGAUUCUUUAAAGGAAAAAGAGGAAUACGGCAGGGAGACCCUAUGUCUCCGCUGCUCUUUGUUUUGUGUCUUGAAUAUUUCUCUCGGUUACUCACGUUGAGAACCAAGGGAAAUAAUUUUAACUUCCACCCCCAAUGCUCUUCCUUGGGUAUUACCCAUUUGGCCUAUGCGGAUGAUCUUAUGCUUUUUUCUAGAGGUGACACGUAUUCAGUGGAAAUAUUGGUCAACGCUCUGAAGGACUUUGGGGACGUAUCGGGCCUUAGGGUAAACCACGAAAAAUCUAAUAUUUUCGUGGGUGGGGUGAGGGACCAAGAACUUCAAAACAUUUUGGAUAUUGUUGAUUAUAGACAAGGCGUAUUUCCGGUAAGAUACCUUGGAAUACCUCUUGCUCCACUUAGGAUUUCGGUUGCACAAUAUGCACCAUUACUUGAUACGGUCAAUGAUUUUUUAAAAGCUUGGAAUACAAAAACAUUGUCCUAUGCCGGGAAAAUUGAACUAAUCCGCUCAGUAAUUCAAGGGGUUCAAUCUUUUUGGCUCCAAAUUUUCCCGGUUCCUCGAACCAUAUUGGAUAGGAUAGUAUCGAUUUGUAGAAUCUUCCUAUGGGGUGGGAAAUACUCCAAGGUCUCGUGGGAUGACAUCUGUCUCCCAAAGGAGGAAGGUGGCCUUGGCAUCCACAAUGCCAAAGUUUGGAAUGAUAGUCUUUUGGCCCGCACACUAUGGGAUGUUCAUAGGAAAAAGGAUACCCUGUGGGUUCGGUGGAUUAAUGGAGUAUAUCUUCGGGAUAAAAAUGUGUGGGACUUUGUCCCACAUAGCCGAGACUCUCAACUAAUGAAGAGGUUGGGUCUCAUCCGAGAUAGACUGCGAGGAUGUUUUAAUAACUUAAAUGACACCGUACUAGGUUUAAAUGCGAGAUGCAUCAAUGAUAAGUUGGUGUCGGGAAAAAUAUAUGAACUUUUAAGAGUAAGAGGGACCCCUAGGACCCCGAUGACCUUCAUUUGGAAAUCCUACAUCCCUCCGAAGUUCUCUUUUAAUGUAUGGUUGGCUUUGAGGAACAGACUUCCUACACAGGACAGUCUCGGAUACCUUUAUAUUGUUAAUAGAUGUGAUCUGUGCAAGGGUGGAUUGGAAACAAUUCCACACCUCUUUUUUUGUUGCCCUUUUGCGUGCAGAGUUUGGGACAAAAUUAGAGCAUGGGUCGGAUUUGGGAAUCAGAUGAAUACACUCCUUAGUGCAAUAAAAUGGAUUUCUAAGAAACGCAAGGGAUCAACGUUGAAGGCCAAGGCAGGACGGCUUGCUUUUUGUGCGACGGUUUACCAUAUCUGGCAAGCAAGGAAUAACGCAAGAUUUGAUGAAGGCAUGAAGUCUGAAGAUGAUGUGGUAGCCAAGAUCAAGCAUGUGGUGUAUAAAAUACUUUACAGUAUUUACCCGCAUGAUCUGGUGAAGUUCUGAACUAGGAUACCACGAUAUGGAGAUUAUGGAUAUCGUGAUUUUUGAUGUGGGUGUAUGUACCUUGCGGCACCCCGUUUUUAUUUGGAUUUUUUGUAGCCUCCGAUAGGUGUGUGCAAUUUGGCAGCACCGCUAUGUUUUGAUUAUUUUGAUGGGCCAAGUUUACUUGGUGAUUUCCAUAGAUAAGAUCGAAGAAAAACCUCUCUUCACCCCACAUUAUGUGGGGUUGGGGGGG